UAUCGUAAUAGUUGAUAAAGUGAACUCAUUAGUGAUUCGGAUAUUCAAAUUCAUGAAAUCGUUUCUGAAGAUGGUGAAGUUGGCUUGCAGUUUUCUAACUUUAGUUUUUAUAUUGGAAAAUGUUGAAUGUGUUUCCUAUAAUUUUGGCGACUGUCCCAAAAUAAAAGCGUUCCAGAACUUCAACAUGUCAAAGUUUCUGGGGUUAUGGUAUAUAGUUCAAGGAGAUGACAAUUCCAUAUUAUGUGCAUCUAUGGAUUUCAGAGCAGUUAAUUCUUCUUCUCCAUUUAGUGUUGAGCAAACAGUUAGCUACCAUUUUUUACCGAUACAACACAUUACUACAAGAACUGGACGUUUAAGAAUUAUUGAUAAGAGCAUUCCAGCUGGUAUGAAAAUUCGAUGGCAUUGGAGUAUCCCAUCACAGUACAUGAUUGUUUUCGAUACAGAUUAUUCCCAUUAUGCUGGAAUUCUUUUAUGUUCUUCACUGGGGAUCACCUCGGAAUCAAAAAUUUUUAUUUUAUCUAGAACCACUGUACUAGAUGGAUUAUAUACGAAAAAGAUUAAAGAAACUUUAAAGUUAAAUUAUUUCAGUACUUCAGAAAUUACUGAAAUAGAUCAUAAUGAUUGUCCUACAAAGAAGUCUGAAGAUACAUUCAAACUGGAUAUUACACCAAAUAUCCUAUCUGCAAAAUCAAUUGUUGAUGAUAUCGAAAAGAAAAUUGGAGAAACCUUCAAGAAGCUGGAUUAGGAGGUCCCAGAGAUAAACUUAGUUUCGAGAUGAUUCCAAGCAGAAAUAUUGGGAAUCACUAUGUUGUAUUUUUAUGUAUUGGUUUCUUAAAAAGUAAAAGUUUAUUUUGGGUA